UGUGUGUGUGAGUGUGUGUGCGAGGGCAAGUGGGGAGGGGGACCCAGCUCAGGACGGGGAGGCCCUGCUCGCAGGUCUCGGGGUCCCGGUGGCUGCCUAAGCGCUUGGUCCGCAGGCGGCGGGCAGGUGGUCCCCGCUCCUGCUCCCUCCCCGCGCGUGCGCGCCCCAGCGUCUCCCUCCCCGCCACCCUCUCGGCUCCCGCGCGGCGGCGGCGGUUCCUCUCCCCCUCCCCCCAGCCCUGGCUCCGGGGGACCCCGCGAUGCCGGUCCGCACCGAGUGUCCCCCGCCGGCCGGUGCCUCGGCUGCCUCCGCGGCCUCACUCAUCCCACCGCCGCCCAUCAACACCCAGCAGCCUGGCGUGGCCACCAGCCUGCUCUACAGUGGCUCCAAGUUCCGCGGCCACCAGAAGAGCAAGGGGAACUCGUACGACGUAGAGGUGGUGCUGCAGCAUGUGGACACGGGGAACUCUUACCUUUGUGGGUACCUGAAGAUUAAAGGCCUUACUGAGGAGUACCCAACCCUUACGACCUUCUUUGAAGGAGAAAUAAUCAGCAAAAAACACCCUUUCUUAACUCGCAAGUGGGAUGCAGAUGAAGAUGUUGAUCGGAAACACUGGGGCAAGUUUCUGGCUUUUUAUCAGUAUGCAAAAUCAUUUAACUCAGACGACUUCGAUUAUGAAGAGCUGAAGAACGGGGACUAUGUCUUCAUGAGGUGGAAGGAACAGUUCCUGGUCCCAGACCACACAAUCAAAGAUAUCAGCGGUGCUUCCUUUGCCGGGUUCUACUACAUCUGCUUUCAGAAGUCGGCAGCCUCCAUAGAGGGCUACUACUACCAUAGGAGUUCAGAAUGGUAUCAGUCCCUCAAUCUAACCCACGUUCCUGAACACAGUGCACCUAUCUAUGAAUUCCGGUGACAGCGGUUCAGAACAGCAACCAAAUAAAACUGAACUUGGCAAAAAGAACUUUGCUGAGAAAAUUGUGUACCUGCCAGAACCAGGAGAAGUGUGUUCCUGUUUCUUCGCGAGCAGACUCGCAUCAGAAGGCAUGAGUGUGAACCCACGGAAUCCAAGGAGCGUGGCGGACCGGCGGGGCAGGUGAAGGGAGUGGUCUCCGUUCUUCCUCCCUCUCCCUGGUAGUUUGGUUUUCAUCUGUUUUUAAGCUACCUUAAACGCACUUUUCCUUCCUGCACAGCUAACUUCUGCAUCACUGAAAUGCCCAUUCUUUCCUCCAUCCCACCUCCAGCCAAGUGGAAGAACUGCUCCCAAUCACCCUUAGCCUUGGUGCUCAGUGGGCCCAGGCCUCCCUCCCCCAGUUGCUUUGUCUGGUAGCUCGAGAGAAGGCAGAGCCCCUGCACCUCUGUGCCCCCAGAGCUCUGUACAGGGAGCUGGCGAGCCGCAGCAGCAUCUGCCACCAAUGAGGCAAGAGGCGGAGGCCAAAUGGUCCCUGCUGGGCCGCCUCAGUCUUCAGUUCUGAUGGCUUCAUGGGCCAACAGGUGCUGCCGAGCCUGGCACUGUUCACAGUAAGGUUCCCUGGGCCUGCCGUCGGGAUCACUAAACAUGAGGCUUCCAGAUCCCUGGCAGGAACAGAUUCCAGUCCUGCUUACUCAGUACAUCUGCUCCAAACUUUUGAACUUGAGGGCAAUACUAAACUUAAAAAUAAGAGUUUUUUUAUUACAAAAUUAUUUUUAUGGUACCUUUAACGAGGACCCUAUGGCAAAUGCACAAUUAUUCAGAAUUACAUUUUAUCGUUUUCACAUUGAAA